UGUGUGGCCGUAUUAUUCAAGCUUUCUGCCCUUGCUAGUGACUCGAACAAAUACUUACCUGUAAGGCGUUUUCGCUCUAACGCUGCGUCAAAAAUCUGCAGCACUGCACUUGACUUAGGAGUCGAUUUGCCAUUCUGAUUCGCGGGUCAUUUUCAAAAAUGAAGGAUAAAACAACUUUGAAUCAGGUAAGUCGAGAAUGGCGCGCAUUUAGGAGUACUGUGAUCAGUUGCGUGGUCUUAACCUUGCCAUAAAAUUCUCUCCCUAAUUCAGUGGCAAAGUGCGCCUCAGGACUCGCUUAAUUUGCUAGUUCAUUUGCUAUCGAAGUCAGGAAAAUUAUUUUUGUUGUUUUAAGAAACGGUGCUGUUCGGCUGGAAUUCUGUUUUGUUAUUUUCUUUAGCAACCUUAUGUCACGCACAACGACGAAGACAGUGUCUCUGUUUCUGACCAUUUUCUACGGGUUGUGUGUUAAUAGUCUGCCCUUUUGGCAGUGUCAAACCGCCAUAUCUUCCUUGGAAAGUUUACAAAACAAAAUUUAAGCCGUUUUUUCUUGUCUUUGUUUGGAAACGAUCACACGAUUUCCUGUUGUUGGUUUCAAAAAUUUAAACGAACUCCUCCGUAUCUUCUGGAGCUUUCGUGCAAGACAUAAACCGUGUUGAAUUCAAUGUUUCAAAGAACGUGUUCCUUCUGUCCUCUUCGCAUGAAAUAAUUAUUGUCAGGAUGUUUGAAUUGAACGAACUCAUGUGGUUUGAAUUCUUCAUUUUAUAUUCAAUAAUUUAGCCUGCUAUUUACAAGCGUGUGAAAUGUAGGGACGGUCUGCUGAACUGUUCAAGCGAUCUCGUCGCUCUAAUAAUUUUAUUGUGAAUAUGCUAAAAAUUUCGACUACGGUUGCAAUUGAACUUUAAACGCGAAUAGCAAUGGAAAUUUAUUUUAUUCUUUACUCGUGUCAGUUAAUUGUACUCAAGAUCGUUUCUUCACGGCUUAAAUAUCACUCGUAGAGUGACGCGCUGUUUGGAUUUUCUCAAAGUGCAUAUGAUUAUUCGCCUAAAAAAAAAAUUCCCAGUUAAUCUUAGUCGUGGGGGCGUGUUGUAAUAGGCGUGAAGUCUACCACACCUAGCUCUGUGCAAACGCAAACUACUAUUUUCUAUUUUCAGCUUUUUCUUACGAAAACUAUUGCCUGUAAAGGUUUUCUUUGCUUGUACCAAAUAUAAGUUUAAUGUGUCAUGUUUGAAGGGCCAUAUGCCAGAUUUAUCGGGAUAAGAUCUUUUUAAUCGUCGUUAAUGAGAAACGUGAAAUGUUUGUCUGUACUUUUUUUAAAAGCAUUCUCAGGAAAAGUUCAAAGGACGUUUUCGAUGUCCAGUAGAGAGGGUGAACUACAUGUGCUAUUGCUUACUAUUGCUUAUGAUUUGGGGUGAAGGAACUAUUGUUCGUUGCGGAGUUGUUGACAACUUUCGAACGUUUGAUCGAGAUUAUAGUCUAGAUUUAAUACGGUUGGUUACUCAUUUUGUAAAUUUAUAUUCAGGAUUGAUUGUGCCACCUACAUUGAAUUCCAUAAUCACUGCUUGGUUUCGAAUAUAAACUUCGAAAAAGUCAAUUUUCUUCGUUUCCCCGAAUCAGCCGAUGGAUUUUUCGAACGAAUGAACAGUUGAGGAAAUCGACAAAGAACAGAGAUUCUAGUCUGGUCACGCCAAUUACUUCUGUUGUUCUUUGCAAUGAUUCCUUAGCCAGCCCGGCCAAAACUUGUUUACCUAUACCAACAGUUACUCUUUUGUAUAAUGUUAAAAUAAAUAUGUUUCUUUUGUGGAAAUUCGGACUUCUGGGUGAUAACUUGUGUGUUAUUUGUUUUGAAAUUAUGAUCGAAGUACAUUACUGUGCGAGGCCACUGUCAUCGUUUGUGUCGUAAUCGAGAACUUUUAUGGUUUUCUUCGAGUUGGUCUGUUACAAUUGUGCAAUCUUCAUGAUUUUUUCCUAUCCUGAAACACCAUCUUGAAAAUUAGCAAGCCUUAUCUGGUUAUGAUUGUUUUACACUUUCAUACAUGUCUUAUUUAUCUUUUUCAUCUUCAGGUGGUUAGGGCCACAAAAUAAAUAAAUUUAGUGAUAUACAUGGAAAGAAUGUAAACUUGCAGAGGCAGUGAUUCUCAUAAUUGUGCUAGGAAACAGGAAAACUCUAUUCUAACAAAAAAGAAUCACCUAAACUAUGUGAUGUUUGGUUAUAUUGAAUAAAAUGUUCAUUAUGUUUGAAAUAAUUGUGGGUGUUCCCCAUCAAUUUUCAUUGUUUUUAUCUCAGCAAGCAAUUCAAAUGAAGACAGGAGGGAAACAGUUUUUUUAGGGGCAAUACUAAAGUGACAUUAGCAAGUUAACAAUUUGUUGGAAUUAAGGACAUUUUAAUUUAAUUUUGUAACUUUGCUUACCAGUAAUUUGUUCCUCCAUCUUUUCCUCCUGGUCUGUCUGCUAUUUAAAUCUCAGUGAGCAAUUGCAAUCAAGGCAGAAUGUAAAUAUUGUUUUUAUCAACAAUUGUUAGUCAAGUGUUAUCAGUUAUUUAAACAUUGUUUGGUUUUCGCGAAUGUGUGAAUUAAUUUCAUAUUUUUGUCUUAUCACCUGCUCCUCUUCCUUUGUGUCCGCAUGGUCCACAGAAUUACAAUUUGUAAACACUAUCCCUUCAUUAAGUUAAUUGUUUUUUGAUUUAAAAUCUCGUUAGUUUUCUCUAAAUAGCUCUUUCUCAUUAUGUGUUAGCUCUCAAUGCAAUUUUCGUAUUUACUGAGGCUUUUAAAAUUGCUAUCAGCCAAAAUCAUUUAUACAAAUUGAUGUUUUGUAAUCCGUUAUUUUUUUUAUACUCUUAUUGAAAUAAGUUAGGCUAGACAACCUGUCUAGAUAGUGUUGUUCUAAAUAAGAUAUUGACAAAUUUUCCUUUCACUUCUAAAAUUUCCUAUGAGUGACCGAGAAAUAAUUUCUCCUUACAAUAUCAAUACAAUAUCAAGCAGACAAGUAAUGUGAAUAAAGAAAAAGAUCAAUUAGCAGAUUUUUAGUUGAUCCAAUACCAAAUUCUUUGAAUUAACAUCAUAAGAGUUGUAUGGCAGACAGUAAGGAGAAUUACUCAGGAGAUCUUGGGAGUGAAAGGGUUGACAGAAGUUGUGUAAUUUGUCCUCAGGUUGAUGUUGCAUUUUUGCGAGCUGCAAGAGCUGGAAACCUUGAGAAGGUUCGAAACUUUUUGAAUGAGGAAGGAGAUAUACACACAUGCAAUGCUGUGAGUAGAAUGAAUUUUUUUUGUUGUCAAGAUGAUGGAAUAGACACUUGCAACAGAUAAACUAUGUUAAGUCAAUGUUGUUUUACUUUCUUAGUGUAAAUGGUUAAGAAAUGAAUCCUUCAUUUUCAAGAGUGACCAAAAGGGAAUUUCUCCUCAAGAUAUUGAUACAUUUUAAAUGAGAAAGUGUUGAGAAAAAGGAAUUGUUUUUAGAGACACCCAGGCUGUAAGCCUUUUUUUAAGGGGGGGGGGGAAGGGAGAGAAGGUUGAAGUUAUCAUUUGGUAUACUGUUGUUAUAUAUAACCAAUUUCUCCUUAAUGGCCAUGAAGAGUUUGUACAGGUCAUCAGUUCAGAGAAUUAAGCUUUCAAAUCUUGGAGAAGAGAGGGUAAACAUUUUUUUUCCUUCCUUGCUAGAAUGGCCUGAAUGCUCUACAUUUGUCAUCAAAGGAGGGCCAUGUUGAGGUUGUUCAGGAGCUAUUAAAGCGAGGAGCAGGAGUGAACUUUACAACCAAGAAAGGCAACACAGCACUGCACAUUGCUUCACUUGCAGGACAAAAACCAGCUGUAGAAGUCUUGUUAAAAUCAGGGGCUUCUGUGAACUCCAAAGCUCAGGUAUAUAUGGCAAAAUUUAUUUAAUUGGCAUGCUUUACACCUAAAAAUCAGUAUACAUAAUCUCCCUACUAUGCUCUACAUAUUUCUUAUGUUGUUUACAAGGAGAAUUUGUCGAACAAUCAAGAGCAUUUUAAGUUGAUCAUUUCCUUUAUUCUCACGACCCCAGUGUCUGAUUUAGUGGGGAUUCUUGUAGGAGAAAUUAGAUGCUUAUCACUUGUAAGGGUUAAAUUAUUGGCUGAGUUUUUAUGGUGAGAGAUGCAGUUGGUAUAUGGAUCUACCCUCAAUUCCUCAGAGGACUCGUUGUUCAGAUUAUUUUAUAUAACACUCUAAUUCUCACAAGUGACUAGCAGCUAAUUUUUCCCUACAGUUUCAUUCUUGAAUCAAACAUUAUAAUCAUGAGGAUAAUGGAAAUGAUUGCAAACUUAAGAAGCUCGUAUUGAUCGUUGGACAAAUUCUCCUUGAAAGUAUAUAACAAAAUGUAUAGAGAACAGUUGGGAGAACUUGCAUACUGAUGUUAGGAUGUUAAGGGUUAAAAAGUCCAUUGUGCCAUAUUAACCUCUUACCUGCCUUGCUUCUAAGAGACAGACCACAUAGUGGCAUUAUUUUGUUAAACUUUUAACACCCAAGAUCUGAUUAUUAAUCCUUGCCUCUAGCUGUAACACCUUUCCUUGUAAAUUGGUAACAAGAAUUUGGUCAAGAUAACAACUUCUACCUGAUAAGUUUGAGUAUCCUCAUUACCUGUCUGCUGAAUAAUGUAUAGAUAGUGUAGGGAGAAGUUACAUUUGAAUCACACUUUUACCUGUAAAUGCCAAUGAUUGUGGUGGUCUGUUACAGAAUGGCUUCACACCGCUGUACAUGGCAGCGCAAGAAGGUCAUGUUGAUGUUGUAAGAACUCUUCUUCUUGAAGGAGCAAACCAGCAGUGUACAACUGAGGCAAGUGGACAAGUAUUUAAUUUCUCAAUUCUCUUUACUGCUCUCCUUGUAAAUCCUGUAGCAAUAGCUGCAAGGAUUGAGAUUUUUUUAUCCAUGACGGUUUUGUAAACUUAAGCUAAUUCAUCUUCAAAAUUUACAGCAUGGAAUUUGUGGUAGCUCUGCAAGACAGCGCUAUUGUUUUGGUAUCUUUGAUUAACAGUGUUUGCUGCUUUCCAUUUGGUAUUUUCCAUAAAAUUACAUUUACUGUCUGGAACAUGACAUAGUUUGAAGUGAAUUUUAGGUUGAAGUGAUGUAAUAGGUACUUGAAAAAAAUUGCUUUAACUGAUAGAAUAAGCAUUUUUUUUUUUGCACUUCAGAAUUAAAAAGAGCACUACAAAUUUAAAAGGCAUUGCUGACAAAGUUUACCUUAUUUUCAUGUUUGUAAAAAUUUUUUUAGAAAACUGUAUUUCAUGAGACACUUUUAGCAACUUAAAACAUCAUAAAUAGUGUCAAUGCUGUUGUUGUUGAUGAAUUUUGAAUGAAAAAUUAAAAGACAAAUGAACUCAGCUUCAAUUGGUUUUUCUGCUUUACAGGAUGGUUUUACUGCAAUUGAUGUGGCUGUCCAACAAGGACAUGAGAAAGUUGUUGCUGCCCUUCUCCAUAAUGACUCAAGAGUAAAUAAUUCACCUGUUACCUUUUCCUUCAAAUUUCUUUUCACAAAGUUGUGUGUCAGAAUUUCUUUUUUGGCCUAAAUGUCUCUUAUGAUUUUUUUUUAUACUUGGUCUAGUUAAGAAAGCCAUUCCACAGGCAUCUAGCUGCUGGAUCCCUUCAUUUCUCUAUGAAUUCUUUUAUAUAUCUGUUUAAUUGGAGUUUCAUUUUUUUUUUUUUCUGCUACAGAAAGGCUACCGUUCCCUUCAUACUGCAGCAAGGAAGGACUUUGCUAAGGCCGCUAAACUUUUGCUUCAGAAAGAUCACAAACCUGAUGUUGAAGCUCCAGUGAGUUGACUUCUGUUUGCACUUGUAAUUCAUGAUUUUAAGAUUAACAUGUUGUCUGAUUAAAAAGAUAUAUAUUAUAUACUAUGUUAUUAAUUUGUAGAAUGGAUUUACGCCCCUUCAUAUUGCUGCCAAGUAUGGAAAUCAAAAUGUGGCAGGGGUUUUAGUUCAACAUGGUGCCUCCAUUGACUACAAAACAAAGGUACAGUGUGUGACCAAGACAGAAUUUCUCCUUACAAUAUCAAUACAAUAUCAACCAGAUAAGUGAUGAGAAUAAAGAAAAAUAUCAAUUUGGGGAUAAUUAGUUGAUCCAGUACUGAAUUCUCUGAACUAACAUUAUAAGAAUUGUAUGGUUGACAGUAAGGAGAAUCACAAAUUUGAUCUGGGAGUGGAAGGAUUAAUUGUGGUUGGGUGAGUUUGUAAUUUGUUUAUUUUUUUCUCUACAGAAUUACGUUAUUGCUCCUCUUCAUGUGGCAUCAAAAUAUGGAAAUCUCAAUAUUGUUACACUGCUGGUUGAAAAAGGGGCCAAAGUCGACAUUCCUAACAAGGUAUUUUAGCUUCAUGCAUUCAAGCACUUAAACUACUUGUCUGAAAAAUAUGUGUAGCAUGCAGAUUUCUAAUCAGAGUUGCCAAAAUUUGGAACAUGAAUGAGAGAGGAUUGGAAGUAAAUUAUUGUGCUCAGAUUUGUAAGAUGUGGAACAAGGAAUUGAAAAUCUGUGUUGUGUUUUUUCUUGGAAUGAUUUAUUUAUUUCAUUUAAAACAGUUGUGACAAAUGCAUAUGUGACAUGCAUAUUAUAACACAAACCAGUUUUUGCUGGGAACUUAAAAAAUGAGAACUUCAGAAUAAGCAUUAUUAUUGUUCAGUUACUGGAAAAUAAUGAUCAUACUUACCAUCCACAGUAGUGGGUUUUAAUGUGGUGAUCCACAAAUAAUAUGACUCAAAUUUGUCGCCUUGUAGGAUGGCCUUACUCCUCUUCAUUGUGCAGCAAGGGAUGGACAUGACAAAGUUGUAGAAUAUCUUGUGAAUAAAAAGGCGUCAAUAACAGCCAGAACUAAGGUAUGAUCAUCAAAAUAUAACUUCUUGUAAUACACCACAGCAUUGUAGUGGAAUCUGAGGUUAUUAAAGAGGAUUAUAGAAACUGUUAGAAAUGUUUUGAAUGAGCCUCUGAAUCUUGAUACUCACUUUGAAUAAAAUAUGUUUGGCUUUGGCAAAGGAGUAUUAAAGCAUGAGUUGUCUGCAGAAGUUUUGAAUUGAUUGGGGUUUAACUAAAAUUAAAGCAAUCCCAAUGAUCUGCAUUGUAUAUCAGCACAGAAAGAAAUAUCAGAAGAUGGUAGUGAGAACUUGAGGAAUAAAAAAGCAACUGCCUGAAACUUGGGAAAAGGAGUGACAAAAAUUGUGAUCGGUUUUUGUUUCACAUUUGCUCCGACAAAAGAUUAACCCUUGAAAUGUCAGCUCUAGAAUCUAUUUGCAGUGGCCAAUUUGCAUUUUACACUCAGUUGAUAAAAAAACCAAAUUAUCCUGUACCAUUCUCCACUAAUAGUCAGAGCACCAGAGUUUCUCUAGAGACUUACCUCCUUUAUUCAAUUGGUCAGUAGGCUGGAAUGAGUUUUUAGACGAAUUGCAGAGGGCUUGUAAGGAAAACCAUCACCAUAUCAUAUUUCUUUCACUGAUGUAUAAGAGUGAUCAUGGACAUUUUUUUUUUUUUAAACAGCAUGGACUUACUCCUUUGCACAUGUCUUGCCAAGGAAAUCAUGUCAGCACAUCUGGACUUCUAAUUGAUAACAAGGCUCCAGUAAAUGCUGUCGCAACGGUAAGAAUAUAUGAUGAAGUACAGAAAAAUGUUUUGAUCUAUCUUUUCUUUUUCUAUAAGAUUUGAUUUUUUUAACCUGUGUUUAAUGCACUGUAAGACUUGCUGGCUUAAAAUAUACUAUAUGUUAUUUUUUUUGUCUUUGUCCACCACAAUAAUUCAUGGAGCAAAGUGAUUUUCCUUGUCACAUGAUACUGUAAAGUGAAACAGGUAUCAGUGUAUGAUUACGUUUUAAUGGACAAGGAUAGAGUUAGCUUUGAAAAUAGACAUUGAUUUAAACACACAGUGAUGUAAAUGUACAUGUAAUCUCUUUGUCAUAAAGCCUCUGAUAUAAUAGUUUGUGAAAGUUUUAUUCAACAAACUAGUUUCUUUUUUUGAGACUACAAUUUUUCAUCAUGCGAAUGGUUUGUACGUCUUGUAAAAUUGAUAUCCAGAAAGAACUGGGAUUUGUUUAAGUUGUAUUCCUCAAGUGUUAUGGGGAAAUUGAUUUUCCAAUCUCUUCACAGAAUGGCCUGACACCUCUCCAUAUCGCAGCGCAUUACGGUCAUGUAGACAUUGCUGAGUUAUUGCUGAAUCGCAGUGCUGACACGGAUGCAAGAGCUAGGGUGAGGUUUUGUGACUUGAAAAAAUACUUUCUUUUUGAUGGCAUAGCUGAGUUUUUACUGAGCUUGUGCUUUAAUAAAAUGUACAAUUUUUUACAGAUGCUUCUCAAGAUUUACUUUAACAAUUGUCAUCCAAGGCAUAUAUUAACUUUUCUGAUAAUUUGAGUGAGUUCUUUUUUGUCUUCCAAAGUUUUUUUUUCACUCUUGAAUACAGUAAAAAGCAUGUUAGUUGUUUCAACAUCAUUUUGAGUUACUAUUUUGUUGUGUGCUGUGCCUUAAAUUAUCAAAAAUGACAUUUUUGUUAAUUGAGGGUGUGAGAUUUUAUGGUGAAAAGGGAUUGAAUUCUUUUCCAAACACAAAAUAAUAAACCAAUAGGUUUGAUGGUCACUGUGUUGAAUUUUCCCUUCAGAAUGGAUUUACUCCUCUUCAUGUGGCCUGCAAGAAGAAUCGUGAACAGGUUAUUCAGUUGCUGUUGAAGUACGGUGCAAACGUCCACUCUGCUAAUGAGGUAAUUUUUGUUAAAAGAAAUAAACGUUGCAAACAUAAUCUUGUAUUCUUAAUAGAGUAGGGACGAUUAUGAAUUUUGAAUCCACAAAAUGCUUUUGACGUUGUUGUAAUAUGCAGGACAUUUGUCACAUAUGAACAAAGUAAUGGGAUAAGUUAUCAUAGAAAUCUUUGUAACUCACUGGUUGUGCAUUAGAGGGCAAAAUCAGGGGGUUUGGGUUUUUAAUUCUGUUGUUGUUGCUCAAGACAAAACAAAAAAGCAUCUCUCUUUACAUAUACUGACAAAUCAGCUCUAAUAAGUUAGCAAGGAAAUUUCACUGUACAAAAAACUAGACUUUCUUUAGUUACCAGGAGUACAAUUUUGGUUACAUUAUAUUUUCAAUUGACUUUUUAAAACAGACUCUAUGGAGUGAAGCACAUUGUUCAUCUUUCUGGCCCUGGUUGUGUGAAGGGUGAAUAAUAAUAUCCAUAAGAUAAAUCUUUGUCUACAGGAUAGCACAGUUUGUUUUGUCAACACUUAUCAAUUGGAUAGCAAUUUAUCUACAUGGUGUUGUAUGUCCUUUGAACAAAUAGGCCAUGAUGGACUUUUGAAUACUUUUUUUUACCACAAUGUUUCUCUUAUUAGGAAAUUGAAAGUAAAAAUUAAUUUGAAGUUUUCUCUGCUGCACCAGUUGAAAUUACUCCAGAAUAGUUCAUUUGCUGAUAUACUCAUUUGCUAGAAAAAACAGGCAAUCACAUUGUUCGAUUCCCUUGGCAAGAGAGUCAUGAAAACAACUGCUGUUUAGGACUAUAGCCUGAGGGCACUUUUUCUUCAGAGUCAAUAAUAUAAUUUUCUCAGUGUAGCAUACAUUUUGUAUUUAAUUUAAAAUGGAAAAAUUAUGUUUCUUUAUUUAUUUUCCCUCCAGGGUGGCCAAACUCCCAUGCAUGUGGCAACAUACUAUGGAAAUGUAACUUUAGUUCUCAUCCUUCUGCAACAUGGUGGUUCUCCUGAUAUUACUAAUGUGGUAAGUCUCUAUGUAUUUCAAAAUAAGAAUUCUGAAUGUUUUUUGCUUUUUUUUCUUUUUGGUUAUGGCUAUGUUAUUUGUGGUUAAAGCUUCUUGAAUAUUCUACCUGGGUUUAAACUUAGUCCAAUAUAAAAUCUAUUGUUCAAUUGAACAAAAGAACACAUGGCUUCAUUUGCAACAUCAUUUCAUUAGCAUAACCUUUGUUCAAUGAAGUGCUUUUUUUGUGUGUUAUAUUAUAUACCUGACACAGUAUAUUAUAGCUUUCAAUAUUUAAUGAAAUUUUUUCCUCAAGUUUCUGUUGUAAAUAGAAAUUUUUUGAAAAUUGGAAUGUUAUGACUUGAAUUUACAGCAUUCUUCAAAACUGGCAGAAAGAAUUAAAAUUUCUGAUAAAAUAUCAGACUAGAAUGGUACUUAUUGAACCAACUAAAGUGAAGAGUUAACACUUAAAUGAAUAUAAUGUUUUUAUAUAAUUUGUAGUUUAAAAUGAGUCACAGGUCAAAAUGAUUUUAAACUAGUUAAAUAUUUGUGCUCCUUUGUCCUCGGUACAUGUAACUAGCAUUGUCACUCUCCUUUGAUGCCAUGUUGCAAUAUGAGGGUAUCAAACAUGCACAAUAUGCCAUGGUAUUGUACCGCAGAACAGAGAAAAAAUGCAACGGAAUGUGAAGCAACAAAGUGACUGCUCUGAACAAUCCAAGCUUUGUUUGUUUUUCCACAUUUUAAGGUUUGCUUUUAACCCUUAACACCCCAGAAUCAGUAUGCAUAUUCUCCAUACUGUUCACUAAACAUUUCCCAAGAUGCCAACAUGGAGAAUUUGUCUAACAAUCGAGAGCUUCUUUAGUGGAUGAUCAGCUCCUUUAUUCUCCUGACCCUACUUUUUGAUUCAGGGGUGAUAUGUUAAGGAGAAAUUAGAUGCUAGUCACUCUUAGGGGUGGAUGGUGGAACAACAAAAGUUCAGAUUUUUUUGUGGGUCAUAAUAACACUUCUCAGUUUUGAUUUGAUAUGCAUUUUGAUCUUUGUGAAACCUCUACUAAAUAAAAUGGAAGUUUUUCCAUUACGCAAAGUUUAUUGCUCUUGUUUAACAGAGAGGUGAAACUGCCCUCCAUAUUGCCUGCCGCAGACGAGAGAUAACAAUUGUGAGGCUUCUAUUAAGGAAUGGUGCAUCAGUGGAUGCCAAGACCCAGGUGAGAAUUUGUUUGAUGUUUUGCAGAUUUAGGUGCAUGAUAUUACCAUGCAUCUUUGUAUCCUAAUUUUCUUUUUUUUGGCUAAUUUGCUGUUCUGUUUGUAAUUUUUAGGACCGUGAAACUCCAUUACACAUCGCUGUUAGAACAAAGAAUGUUGAGAUGGUCAAUCUUCUUCUGGAUCAUGGGGCUUCUCCAGAUGCCAUAGAUAAGGUAUAAAUACUGCUAAACUUAAAUGGUGCCAAGAUGAUUUGGUUUUAUCAACUAAGUUAAUAUUAUAAAUUAGCCACCAUAAAGAGCUUCAAAGUUGACAUUUUGAGCAUUAGCACUAGUCAUUUGCUCUGACAAAGAGCUAACGCUGAAAGCAUCAGUCAAGAAACUCUUUACAGUGGCCAAUUCACAUUAUCAACUCAGUUGAUAAAACCAAAUUACCCUGCUAUACUCCCCCACUGACACUGCACCACAGCACCACAGUUUCUUUAGAAACUUACCUCCUUUAUGCAAAUGGUGCCAACAUCAUAAGCCAUCAUAAACAUUUGUGGUAGGAGACAUCAGAGUUCUAGGAAUAUUUUUUAAAAAAUUGACAAUCAGCUGAAGGAAAGACUGUUGAAUAUACUUUUUCAUUCCAAAAUGGGCAAACAGUACUCAACCCUUUGACGUGUUAACCCUUUCACUCUCAAGAUCUGAUUAGUAAUUCUCCUUACUAUCUGCCAUACAAUUCUUAUGAUGUUAGUUCAGAGAAUUUGGUAUUAGAUCAACUAAUAAUCCCAUGGUUGACAUUCUUCUCUAUUCUCAUCACCUGCCUGCUUGAUAUUGUAAGGAGAAAUUCUGUCUUGGUCACUUGUGGGAGUGAAAGGGUUAAGAGUAACUAGCAUCUAAUUUCUUGUUACAAAAAUCAAAUCAAACGUUAAGGUCGCAAGAAGGAAGUGAUCACCAACUAAAGAAGCUCUUGCAGGGCAUGAAAUUGCGCCUAAUACAGGCGCCAAUGCGACUAAAUUUUUUCACUUUGGCGACCAAAUCCUGAAAGUUAGUCGCCAAAUUGGCGACUAGAACGUUUCAUCAUAACCUUACCAAGAGAUAUAGUGCAUUAAAAAAUUUCAAACGUUAAGUUUGUUUCCAAAAACAGCACACGUGCAAGGAUAACUAGACACCAUCUUGGAUUUAGAUGAGCCUGAAAGUUGUAUAUCAUCCAUCCUAGUGGUUAAAGAUCUUUUCCCUAACUUAAUUUUGGAGGGUCUAUCUAGAACGCUGACAGCGUAAAGAAAGAUUUUGUUUGUCUUUGAAAAUGGCGACCAACCUUUUUUUGAAUUGGCUACCACUUUGAAGAAUUUAGGAGCCAAGUGGCUAUCAGAAAAAAAAGUUAAUUUCACGCCCUGGAUUGUUAAACAAAUUCUCCUUGUUAGCCAUGUAGAAAAUGUACAAGAACAGUAUGGAGAAUAAGCAUAGUGAUGUUAGAGUGUGAAGGGUCAAGACUAUUGGAUUGAAUCCAAAAAACGUUAAUGCUAAGGAUAUUGUUUGAUUCAAUACCAGAUUCUCAGCACUGGCCAAAAGAGAAAUACAUGUUGGUCAGUUAGGAGAUGUAGUUUUUAGAUCUUGGGAGUGAAAUACUAUCAAUAGUAAAGAUAGCAGACAAAUGGAUUGCAAUUUUUUUUUUUAAUUUCAUCAUUAAGAACAAGUGCACACCUUUGCACAUUGCGGCCAGGGAUGGAAAUGAGGAACUUGUUCAGAUUCUUUUGGAGCAUAAUGCUUCAGUAACUGAGCUGUCCAAGGUAUGUACCUAAAACCAUUGAAGCAGUUGAUAGAUUAUUUGGUUGCAAAAACUGAAAUGAUAUAGUAAAUUGCCACUGUUGAGAUUUUUCAAAGAUGACGUUUUGAGCAUUAGCCCUUUGUUGGAGCGAGUAGCCAAUUUUCAUAACCAACUCCAAAGACAAAGCCAAAUUUUCUUGCAAUACCCUUAGUGACACAGGACCACAGUUUCUUUAGAAGCUUACUUCCUUGAGAAGUGAAUUGGUUCUUGUUUGCCUUUGAUUGGUAAAUAGGGAUUUUAAAAUGUGCCAGACCAAUCAGGUGAAAUAAAACCAAUGCCCACCUGGAAUUGGUCCAAAAUUAUUUUUACUCUGUACCAAAAAAAAUGCCCUUAAAGUGUACGAUUUUGUCUCACUUUUUGUUACAGAAAGGAUUUACUCCUCUUCAUGAAGCUGCCAGAAAUGGCCAUGUUAGAAUUGUGGAAAUCCUACUAAAGAGCUAUGACAGCCCUGACCCAGAAGGAAAAGUGAGUGAAAGAUUAUUUUUGUGUAUAAAAACUUACAAUAAGGUAAUUAGGAACCAGGGGCUAUUCUCUUUUGUUUACAAUCAGGGGUACCUAGAUGUACCAGGAUCUAAGCACUCUUGAGCUGAAAAGUUUUGAGCAUUGGUGCUGAGGUGGUGUUUCCUGAGCAUGGCAACUCUUCUGGCAGACUGCUCCCCAUUUCCCUUCCCCUGCCCGCUAUGUUAUCAGAGUGUGAGAUGCUUGCUUUCCCUCCUUUUCGUGUGGGGGCUCGCGGACAGAUUGCCAGCCUGCGCCAGCCUUAGGAGUAGCAUCCAUUUAGGCGCUGGCUGUUAAGAGUUGUGAGCUCCUAGUUAUCUCAGGCAGCUAACCACAACUUUACGAGGAAAUCGUCCAGGUGAUAUUUAGCAGGUCUGUCCAUGGGAAACUUAGUUUUGUUAUUGAUAAAUUUUGUCCUUUCUGCAGCAUGGACUCACACCUCUACAUGUAGCAACUCACUACAACCACGAUAAAGUUGCCACUUUCCUUUUGGAUAACAAUGCCAAUCCUAACGCCAUGGCAAAGGUAAGGAAAGCCUUCAUUUUCCUAAUUUCUAUAACUGUUUUAUCACAAGAAGCCAUAUAAUCUUUCUUUUCGGUUGAUGUGGUUGUGUUUUCAUAAAUACCUUGAGCAUUGAGCCCUUUUCGAUUAAGUGUCGUGAAACCUAAACUAAAGUAAAUCCCAAAAACCAAUCAGAGAAAGGAAAAUAUUUUAAGAGCCAAUCAGAACUCCAAGUAAAACUAACCCAACUUCCUAAGCGCGGGGAAACGCGUGCGACCAAGUCGUAGUUGGUGUUACUCUUGCAUCUGAUUGGUUGAGAAAGUGGUGCGAGUUUUCUGGACCAAUCACAGAGCAAAGUAAAGCAAAACCAUUGCAAUUCCGGAUUACUUUUGACACAGUUGAAAAUUGAUCCAUCAUAAUAAUCUUAAUACAUGUUUAUAUGAGCAUGGCCAAUUUUACUGCAAACUUAACUACAUUGUAUGCAGAUUCAGUUUAAUUUGUUGCUAUCUAUUUUUUUCGCUGUUUCAUAGAAUGGAUUUACUCCUCUGCAUAUCGGAGCCAAGAAAAAUAGAAUAGACAUCGUUCUGAUACUGUUGAGACGUGGAAUGGACCCUAAUGUCGUAACACAGGUAACAAGCUCCAACUUUGUCAGAAGGUUCACGGUUUUUUUGUUUUUUGUUUUUUUUCCACCAUCUCACCUUCAAAACAAGACGGAUAACAUCUUUGUUCUCUCUAAUACCGAGCUAAGAAUGCACCACAUUUCAAAUAACUCACUCGAGACUUCGACAUCUCCUGUUCCAGGCGAACUAAUACACGGCGCGAUGCUAGCGGCAGAGAGAAAACGAGGGAGGCUUGGGUCGAGUCGUCUCAAUGCGCGACUCGACCUAAACUUCCCUCGUCUUUUUCAUUCCUCAUUUUACUAUCGCCCCGUUUAUAAUCGCGCAUCGUUUUACUUAAGGUACUUUACUUGAGGUUUAUUCAUGGCCGUUCUAGAAUACUGUUGGAAUUUAAGAGAUUGGCUUUAAAACUUCUGUCUAAGUUUUAAAAUCUUUUGUUUUUCUUUUGUGUGUUCCACAGACUGGCAUCAGUCCGUUACAUUUAGCCGCCAAGGAAGGACAUGUGGAGCUGUGUGAACAUUUGGUGGAGAAUGGAGCGUCACCUGGCCUCACCACUAAUGUAAGUAACGACAUCAUUAGUCACAAGAAAUUAAAGGUUUCGCCCCGAAAAACUGGCGUAUUUUUUAGGGAGUGCUCAAUGUUCUGAUCGAGCGAUGAAGCCACAUAUUGGAUCAUAAGAUCGAGGAGAGACUGGUACUAGAGCGUACUGGGGAGAUGCUGGUGACAAUGAGAAACUUCCCGUCUUCUUCCCCUCUCCUCUUUCCCCCCCCCCUAAGUGGUUUCUUCUCUCCCUAGGCGUUCAUUAUUUUUACCUAACAUCCGUGGUUUGUUUCAUUAGUGUCACUAAGAGUAUACUAAUUCACUCUUUCACUCCCGGAGUGGCCAAGAACGAGUUCCUCAUUACAAUGUCAAUACUUUUUCAAGCAUAAAAGUGAUGAGAUGAAAGAAAACAUCAACUAGAGGACAUUGUUUUGAUGAAAGACUGAAUCUUCCGUGCUAAAAUCACAAUAACUGUAUGACAGACAGUGUGGAGAAUUGAUUUAGUAUGAUCUUGUAAGUGAAAAGGGGUCAGUUAAUGUAAAGAAGACCAACUUAGCAGUGAACAAAACAGCUUUGGUACUAGUUGGAAUAAGGAGUGAUGUUGUUUUAUUUUGAUUGUUUUAGAAUGGACUCACUCCUCUGCAUCUGACAGCAAGAGAAAACAGGAUUGAUGUGGCGAAACUUCUGCUGAAGCACAAUGCGCCGAUAAACGCACAGACUGUGGUAUGUAACAGAUUUCCCCUUCCUCCUUCCUCCUUCCUCCUUCCUCCUUCCUCCUUCCUCCUUCCUCCUUCCUCCUUCCUCCUUCCUCCUUCCUCCUUCCUCCUUCCUCCUUCCUCCUUCCUCCUCCCUCCUCCCUCUUCCUUCCCCCUUCCUCCUUCCACCUUCCUCCUCCCUCCUUCUUUCCUCUUUCCUCCUCCCUUUUCCUCCUUCCUCCUUCCACACUCCUCCUUCCUUCCUCCAACCUUCUUUCCUCCUUCCUUCUUUUCUUCCUCCUCCCUCCUCCCUCGUCCCUCUUCCUUCCUCCUUCCUCCUUCCACCUUCCUCCUCCCUCCUUCUUUCCUCUUUCCUCCCUCCUUCUUUCCUCUUUCCUCCCUCCUUCUUUCCUCUUUCCUCCUCCCUUUUCCUCCUUCCUCCUUCCACACUCCUCCAUCCUCCUUCCUUCCUUCUUUCCUCCUUCCUUUCCUUCCUCCUCCCUCCUCCCUUCUUUCCUCCGUACUCCUUCCUUCUUUGCUCCUUUCUCCUCCCUUCUUCCUCAAUCCUUUAUCUUUCUUUCUCCUUCCUUCGUUCCUCCUUCCUCCCUUGCUUCCUCAUUUGCCAUCUUUCUUCAGAAAGCUGUCAGGCGUCACCUAGCAAAGUUGAUUUAAUUACUCAGACUUAUCAGAUAGAAGUUGUUAUGUUGAUCUAAAACCAAAUUCUUGCAACUGAUUUAUAAAGAAAUUUAUAACAACUAGUGGGAAGAAUUAGUGAUCAAAUCCAGGUAGUUAAGGAUUUAAAGAGGUGAAGCAUACUUCAGGCCAACGUCGCCGAAACUAGUCUGAAUGGGAUCAGAUUUUGUUUCAGCCAAAAAAUUUAUGUUCUUGUUUUUCUUCCAUGUUUCUCUUGUCAUCAGAGUGGUUUUACGCCGUUGCACAUCGCAUGUGUGUAUGGCCAUUUUGAGCUGGCCAGGCUGUUAAUUGAAGCAGGAGCGGAGAUUGAAAGCAAAACAAAGUAUGGUUACACAGCACUGCACCUGGCUGCACAGUAUGGCCACAAACUGAUUAUUGAGCUGCUUUUGGAACGUGGAGCCAAUCCGAACGCACUGACUAAUGUGAGUAUUGAUUACAGAAAAAAAAAACCAACCAUUUUAGCAACAUUCUUUAAGAGACUGCUCGUCGCAGAUCAGAAGUCAAGGUAGCCGUCCGAGAGGUCUGGGUAUGAGUGACUGGGUUAUAGAGUUGUUUAUUCGGGCAAGACAGCAUGAGACAUGUAACCGCUGUUGCGGUCAAUGCACCUCCCAACAGUUGCAAAGAAUGUCAUGGCACCUUGUCCAACAAAUGUGUUCACCGACUUCGCAGGAUGACCAUGAAGAAAUCUAGUGGGGUUGUUCAUGCAUAGGGAUACCAUUAUUUUGUAGGUGAUCAAACAGCCAAUUCAAUAUGUAAACGAGACGCAAAGUUACCGGGCGUGACAAACCUAGGGGAACGAGGUUUGGGACUCGACCUAUGUCUCUUCAUUUCUCUGCUGCCUGACACAAUCGCGCCCGUGCAGUUUCAAAACACCCGGAACAGGCUAGUGACCGUAAAAUGCUUUGUUUACGUUUUCCUCUUCUUUGUUCAUUUUGCAGGAGGGUUACACAGCACUUUACAUCUCCCAGCGAGUUCAUCUGAGCACUUUUAUCACAGAAAGACUGUCUGAAGUUACGGUAGUCACGCAGACAAUUAGAUUAAAGCGAAGAUCGGUGAGUUAUGUAAUGAAUGUGCAUAGAAUAAUGAGUGAUAUUGCAGAAAGUGCCAUUUUUUUUUUUUUUUGGCGGCUGAAUUUUUCGUCUGGCCACCACUUUUUAAUCUAUAAAUGGCCAGUUUCAAAAUUUUGUGCGUAAAACCAUGCUAAGGAUAUGUUUCCUUACAUUUGGAAGAUUUUAAUGAGCAUCUAAUUGUUAUACUACAUACUUUUACGCCGCAGCCAGAGGAAAACACCUCUUCAGUUGACUCGAUUGUCAUUUCCGUAGCUUGAGCGUCGAUAUAAUUUUUUACUUGAAAUUAAAAAUUUAGUUGCCUUCCACUGAUCUUGUAUUUCAAUAAACCAGGAAACUUACGAACUAAUCGUACCACGGAUAUUUACAGGAAAAAGCUUUCCCAUCCGACAAUCGCGUGCUGUAAGCUCAUAUUAUCAAACUAGUUAAGUUUGCGUUGCAUGACAUUUAUCUUGAGUGACAUAUCCCCUAUUGUAACGUUGCGUUACAAACACAAAUUCUUUAUUUAUUUUUUUUUUUUCUAGGGACAAGAAGGAGAUGAAGCAGAUGGCGAAGAAGAAGAGGAACCUGAUAUCGUCUUUAGCGCAGAACCCGAAGAGCUGGAGGAAGAGGAAGUCCUCGAAGCUCUGGAGCUUGUUGAAGAAGGUCAGUAGUGACUUCUUUGUUUUUGCGUGAUUGAGAGUAACACGCGAGAGCAAGAAGUCAUGCGCGCCAAAUCCAGGUUUAACUCCCUCUCCUGCACGUGUUUCUUGCGCUCUUGAUGACAGUGUGCGCCGUUAUUGUGUCCCCCCCUCCCCUCCCUCCCCUCCCUUUUAAAAUAUCAGCAACACAGGCUGUAGGACCCUAGCAUUUUGGGGAAUCUUCUUAAAAUUUCACUGAUAAAUGGUAUCCUGUGCAGAUCCAUCAAUUACUGAGGAAUCAAUCGACCGCUACAUGACAAUGGAAGACAUGGUAGAAGAUGAUCACCGCUCGCCAGGACUGGCGCACAGAGACUCCGGAAUUUUCAGCUCCUCUCGUUAUUCUGGAGCCUUCCUCGAGGGAACCCCGACCGGCUCCAGAGCGUCAGACUUAGAUCACUCUCGUUUAUCCGACUUUAACGUAUCGGAGAGCAUAACGACUUCGGAAAUGAUCGUGACAGAGUCAGAACUUCCCUCAAGUUUGGCGGACAUGGCCGAUGAUAAUGUACCGAAGUAUGAGCCCCUAGUAACGGGAGAUUUCCUAGUGAGUUUCUUGGUUGACGCGAAAGGAGGCAAAAUGGAGAGCUCUCAAACAGGACUGAAAAUCACUCUGCCGCCAAGAUCAUGCCAGAUGCCGACUAGAAUCACUUGCAAACAGCUACGGUGAGUGGAGCUGUCACACAAUACUGUCAUAAAAUGAUUUCGUGGGUAGAAGCUUUACGCAUGUCUGGGCUGUCACGCAAUGCCUUCCUGGCAAGAAAUGUUACACAUACCCUAAGAUAUUACACCAUAUAUUUUAAAAAUUUGUCUUCUACAAUCGGCCUAAACCUUGUUUUUUCUUAGUUUUUGGUUCGUUAUACCGUCAGUUUUCAGUUCCCAGCUGAAUUGUUGCUACGAACUAAAAGUGAUUUUGCACUUCAGGGACUUUCUUGCCAGCCAGUAACUUCUCUUUCGAAACCCUUUCUUUCAGUAUUCAUACAAUGUUUGUGAGUUUUAUUUAAAUUAAAAAAUAUGAAUUAAAAUCGCUCUUUCGGUCUGCGAUGAUUCAUUUCUAAAUUCUUUUUCCCGAGUUUUGUGAAUUCCACCGAAAUUAUUAAUUUUUUUCCUUUUUUGUUUAAUUUUCAUUUGUAUGUUCAUUUUUAAGACCGAACAAGCCUUCUCUGCUGCCCCCACUAAUGGAGGGUGAGGCAUUGGCCUGUCGCGUUCUGGAUGUGAAUCCAUCAGGUGUGAAGUUUCUUCAGCCGAUAUAUCUCGAGUUACCGCACUUCUCUGCGCUCAGGAACGGAGAGAGAGAACUAGUUGUACUGAGAACUCAAGACGGAGGAUGGAAUUGGGAUGAAGUGUGUGUUGAAGACAUGAAAGGUACGUGUAAAAUUUCAUGGCCUCUCUGUUUCCUUUUAUCUAAGUAGAAGAGGCGGGAGCCGCGUGAGGGCAUGGGCGAGAGCGGGGAAAAAAGAGAUGAGCGGAGGGAGAGAAAGGAUCACGUACGCCCCAUUCCCUCGCGCCGCACUUAAUUUGCCCUUGCUAUCAGUUUCCAGUCUCUCUUUGACGCUUUUUUGUACCCUUCGCCCAUUGUUUUUCAGUCAAUCUCGUGAUUUCCCGCCCUUUUUUUUGUCAACCAUCGGUUUUUUCCUGCACGCGGUCUCUAUUUCCCGCGCUUUCCAUUUCCUGAUAUUUGCCGUUCCAAGUUUUAGAGUUAAAUGUAUCACUGUGACUCGUUUUAGCCAUGGAUGGUUACAGCUCAGACAUGAACAUUCAUCAAGGCUUCUUGCCCAGCAAGAGAUAUGCGCGCAUUGAGACCCAGGACUUCCCGGAGAAGUUCUGCAUCAUGUCGAGACUGAAAAAAGAAAGCUUCGUCGUUGGUUCUCGAGGCGAAAUCCUUAAAUGUUCGGCCCAUCCCGAAGUACAAGUGAAGGUUCCUGAGGGGGCUGUGUCAAAUGGGACGAAGAUAACUUUGCAGGUCAGUGCAAAAGAAAGUCUUCUUUUGUUUAAUAUCACUGUUCACGAGGUACGGUUAAAACAUGACAAACUGUUUGAAAUUCUUUAACCGUCAGGUAAAAUAUUCAAUUUGUGAGGGUAAACUGGACAAUUUUUUUAAUCCGGUAUCAUGAUCGUCUGGGUGAGGGUACUUCUGAGAAGGACUGUUGUCGGUACAUGUGACUGACUUUUCGACAAUCGUGGCGGGAGUCAUCAUCAGAGUCGACUCUGAUAUUGACUUCCGCCAAGGUUGUCGACACCAGUCUCUUUCCGGACUUCCUUUAACCGGACGAUCAGACUAGACGACCAGUGUUACUUCUAGGUUGAAAUCAUCCACAGAACGUGUUUAUGUGUUCCUUUUCAAUCUUCUAAGGAGCGAGGUGUAUUUUUGAAUUAUUUGAGUCACUUAAAUUGGAUUUUUCGUCUUUGGAGUUUCUUAAGCUUGACGUUUUUUCUUCGAUUUUUCCUGUACGGAAAUGUUGUGUUGGUAUUUUUUUCAAGACCCCUUUCUCUUCUCUGUUCAAAACCACAGAGGCCAUUUCCCCCGCAAAAAUUCCAUUGCGAGUUUGUUUAUCACCAUUUCCGAUCUCGUUUAAAUUUUUCCAGCAAAAAUUCCAAUCAUUUCUCUACCAUUUUAGGUUCAGCCAGCGGAUGAAUCCUUUAAUGACUUCGAAGACUGGGUGGCUGUGAGCCCUGUGCUUACAAUAGAGCCACAGGACCUUAAGUUCUCCAAACCUGUGACAGUUAUUAUCCCCACCCCACUCUACAACCCUGGUGGAGAGACUUUCGAUAUGCAGCCUUCUUUGAGGUUACUCACGUGUGAGCCUCGGGAUAACAGGAAGUCUAUGUCCCAUGCCCCCACGUACCAGUGGUAUGACAUCACUGAUAACACACCACUGACCGUGGUGAAGGAGUAUGCUAGUUUUACAACAAGUCGCCCCGCAAGGUAAGGUUCCUUAGGGGAAGAUUACCUACCCCUUCCCCCAGCCAAACAAAUAACAUUACCCUCCCUGUGACGUGAAAAUUUUCUCACUUGAUAAACGCUUUAAGGUAAAAUAACAUGUUCUUCAUUUCCAGUAAAGAAAUGUUUGAGUUUCGUAGCAAAUAAAUUUUGUCUGUUAAGACUUUAUUUUUGUUUAGUGAUUUAACGUUUUAUUUCCCAUAGGUACUGGCUUGUAGAAACCCGUAACCCAGACAACGUGACGUCAGAUGCGCGCCUGUUGUACCGCAAGUUAACCGCUGUUCCUUUCUUAGUAAAAAUUGUCGUAUUUGCCAAAGUAAACCCCGAAGGGACAGAAGCCCGUUUGAGAAUUUUCUGCAUUACGGAUGAUAACAUCGACAAAACACUUGAGCGUCAGACUGGUUUCGUGGAAGUGGCCCGCAGUCGUGAUGUGGAAGUUUGCGAGGGAAGACCAGUGCACGUCAGGUGGGCGGUCAGUCAGUUGUUAACAACACCGCGGCCUGGGCGGCCGUGCACCAAUUUUCCGCGCAAAAUUUCAAAGAAAAACAUACAAAUUAACCAUUUGCACUCAAACUGUGCGUGAAAAAUAGAAAUGUAUAGAAUUAAACAAAAGUAGGGAAAAAGGAAAACUGUUUAAAUUGUUUAUUUUUUUUACGAUUUUGUUUAUAACUUCUGAAAGACGAAUUGGUUCUGACAGCCUGGUAGCCUGUCCUCAAGCUAUUAUUAAGCCUUUGGGCUAAGCAAACUUUCAAACCAGCGGUUCGUUUUUAAAGGUAUAAUUUCUUUGAUUAAAUUAGAAACAAAAUGGGGUCGAAAAGGAAGAUUUCCUUUUUCCUUUUUUGAUUUCUUUUUACAUAUUUCUUUUAACGUUUCAAAAUUUUUCUAAAUUUUAGUGACAACGGCUUCUUUAACAUUUUCUUCAAUAACUUUGCACGGGAAAUUUGCGCGCGGCCGGCCAAACUUGACCUUACUGCGCAUGCCUCUCGUGGGACUGCUGUGUUUUCAUAACGCGUUGUCAUUCUUAUGAACUCAGUAUUUAGCGUUACUCGCCUACGAGUUCCCUUUAGCUAGCUUCGUAGAAUAUUCGGCUGCCAAUCAGAAUGCUGGAGCUCAAAUCUCCACAGGACACCCAGAUGUUCCUUAAUGCUAUGCUCGUGAUGAUUGCUAUACAUCACUUUUUUAACGUCACUCUUUAUAACUUCAGGUGUGUAGGAAAUUUGACUCCUGUUACCCGUGAGCCUCUACAAAUCACGUUUUCUCCUUUCCGUGAGAACCGCCUUGCUGUGACUGUGCGCGUGACCGACCCGUCCCAGCCCUUCACAUGUCGGCUGGCAUUCCUCAAAGAACCUCGUAAAGAUCGCCAAGGAAACGUGCGCACCAUCUGUAAUUUGAGCAUCGACUUAUCUGAGGAGGUGAGACAUCAAAUAACAGACCGAUAACUUUUCGAAAUUUCUUGAAUGUAAUAUUGAAAAAAACGCUUUUCUCUUACCUUCGCGCUUGAUCUAUAUUUUUGAAUACUUCGUGAUGCACCUGAUAUUAUUUAACCAAUCACGUCCAGAGACCUUGUACUUGAAUCUGAAGCUUUUUAAUUCAUGCACGGUGCACGUGAUUUCAUUUUACCAAUCACGUCCAGAGAUUUUGAACUUGAAUCUGAGGUCAAAAUGGAUGCUUGAAUUUGAUGUUGACGUGGACGCUCUUAUUUUUGUUCAGUUCUACAAUCUUUUUUUAUCUUAGAUUUUUCGUUCGAGACUGUUCAAAGCUUUUAUUUAUUUCAAAAUGACGUAUUCAAUUUAAUAUGUUAUUUCUUUUACUCCUCAAUUUACGAAGAUUGUGGUCUAGCCUUUUAAUCGAAAAUGGAUCUAACUGAACGUUGUCAAAAAAAUUACCUGUUUUGGGCAAAAAGCUCGGGAAACUCGGUUGGUUCCCUUUUUAAUUUUAUUGGUUGAGCCGAGAUAGGUAUGUUUUUUUUUUUCCUCGCAUUUCAUUUCAUUUCAUUUAAUUUUUAUUUAAACACGGUCAAUCAGUCAAACAGUCGCCAAUCACAGAGUGAAGUGAAGUGGAUUCAGUGUUACCCUUGAUAACUUUCAAGACUCCAUUCAAAUUUUCCUUAAAUUCUUCAGUUAAAUGAAUAUGAGUGUCUGACAACCCACAUCUAUGUUAAAAUAUUGUUCGUAUUUCUUACAGAACUUGAAGAAAAGCGAUGCUGCGUGGCUUCCUGGUAAGGAUUUUGUUUAACGGAAAGUUAUCACUGCAAACUUGUUCACACAGAGAAGGAAAUUAGACCGUUAAUUUUAUGAGUGAAGGAGAUGUCAUGUGUGGUGAACGCGGGAAAAACGGUGUCAUCUGCGUUAAGCGCGGGAAAACAUGUCAUCUGCGUCAAGCGUGGGAAAUUAUGUAACCCGCAUUAAAGAAGAACCUUGAAACCUUCUCUUCAUUCCCCCUUUUUAAAAGUAUUUUUGAUAUCAUUUAAUUGAUCGCGUUUUGAGAUUUCAAAGAGGAACCUAACCUUUCGAAAAUUUCCUCAAAAUGUGCUGAAAAUUUAACUACAGACACCGCCAUUUUCCAUCUUGCUUAGCGACCUAGCCGCAUAGCUGGUACGUAGCGACGCCCAAGUCCUCUUUUUUCCAGGUCGUAGUGAUUUUUUUGAAGCUGAUGAAAACGUAGCUGAUGCACUUAAGGUGUUGUGUUUGUUACUUCCUAGAUGAAUUGUUGGCAUUGAUCGGCAAAAAUGUUGGACCAGACUGGGUUGCACUUGGGCAGCAGUUAGGGUUGACAGAUUCAGAACUGCAAGAAAUUUCCGACAGAAAGUAAGUUUUAGCAGUGAUUCAAAAGGAUAUUUCCUACAUCGUUUUUCUUCUUUGUGGUUGGAAAUUCUCCUCUCUUUUGUCAUGAAUUUCCUGGUCAAUUAUUUGCAAGAAUUUGAUGUUUUAUCAAGAUGAAACCUCUUAGCUGAUGGGUUUGUUGAUUCUCAGCAAAUGUCAUUCAGCCACCGAAGAAAGGUUCAUAAGCUGGCUUUUCGAGCAAUCGUGUUUCGCUCUGACGAGGGGCUAACGUGCGAAUAGUCAGGUGGCCAAUUCACAUAAGCAACUCAAUUCGUAAAACGGCACCACAGUUUCUUUGUAAACUUGCCUCCCCUGUAGUAGGAGGGUUAAAUUUCAAGACGGUAUCUUUUUUUCGGUAUGUUUUUUUAGUUCUUCUUCGCCCAUCGAGUGCGCCACUGAUGUUAUGAAGACUUGGAGAGAUAAGGAAGACUCUGAAGCUAGCAUGGCGUCCCUCGAGAAAGCUCUGCGUGAUAUGGGACGAAGUGAUAUCGCAGAUAACUUUAAACAACUUGCUUACAGCAGCUACUCCAAAGACCCUGUAGUUGUCGUGGAAACGCGCCAUUUUUCCCCAAGCAAAGUGUCUACACAGAGCUCGGCCCCAGAUAACCGCAGAAUUUCUGAGUUCCUGGACUCAGUGGGUGAAUCUGACGACAUGUUUGGCGGUGACGAGAUUGCCUCGCCUCGUCUGCAGCGCGCUUCAGUUGACGGGGAAGAGGUGUUCUCAGAAGUGAGAACCAUAACAGUGGAAAGUUCACCCGAGCCAAUCAUAGAAGAGUCUGUGAUUGUCGUAGAGAAACACAGAGUCGUGGACGAAGAUGGCAAUGUUAUCGAAGAAACCCAGAAAAUUAUUGAAGAUGGCAACGAAGUGACGGAAGACAGAGAGAAAUUGCUGCAGGAUUUUUUCGCGAAUGAUAAAGGUGUCCUAGAUUUCCUCACCAGCGACAAGGAUGGCACAGUUGAAAACGGAGCAGAAGAAACCGAAAUCUGAAGAGAUGAUUUAAUGAGUAACGGAGCAAGACGUGAAAUACAUUUACGUGAUAGGUUAUGAAUUAAUAAGGGACAGUGGUUUGGUAAAGACUUAAGUGUCAAAUGCACAGAUAAAAGAGGAAAAAAUCUCCGCCUCUGGUGAUAAGAGUUCUUGCAGAUUUAAUAUUCAAAGCGCCUUGUUGUAAAGUUUUGUGUAUGAAAAAGGAAUUGUUGAGAAUUCAAAAUCUCGUUAGAGAGAGAUUUUUAAACUACAGCCACAAGCAAGAUAUUCCAGCUUGUGUUAAGUAGUUUUAAUUCAUUUCAUUCAUCAUGCGAAGCAUGUUUUACCAUCCUUUGAAUAUGUUAAUUCUUACCUCAGUCCUGAAUAUUUCAGCGUUUGCAGUUUUAAUUCGAUAAGACGUGGCCAGGUUUAAGAUAUUUUUAAGUUUUAAGACGUCGUUGCAUGUCUUGGACUGUCACGCAAUGAAGUGUUGCGUGACUCACCAGGCAUUUUUUGCCAUAAUGGAGGAUCAUUUGGAUUUUUGUUUUCUUUGCGAUUUUAUCGUAGUUUUGAUUUUAUCCCUUUCUUUGUUCCUCGCAGAAAAACGUGUUAGUGUAAAUUAGCAAGCAUAAGUUCUGUGAGGUGUGUCUGCUGUCUGAUUGUUUGCCUGCUGAAUUUGUACUUGCUGUCAUCACAAACUGUUUCUAAAGAAUUUAGUUGAACGUAGACAGGGCUACCUCAAUUUAGAGAAUCUAGUAUGCUUCGUUAGACACUCAGUAAGUUUUCAGAAAAUUUCUAACUAUCGCCAUUAUCCGAUCAGAAACUUCCUCGAAAACUCUCCGGUAGACUUCGUUGCUACACGGCCUAUGAAAAGCAAAUAGUGAGUUUAGAUUGUGACUAGUUUUUGCCAAGCAAAUUUAAGGAUAUUUGAGGGGAAUCAUUUCGGAAGUUAUGAGGUUCUGGUUUCCCUGAGAACGUAGCGCUGUUAAGUGGAGAAUCUGCUCAAGAAAUAUGACAGAUUUGUUUAUAAUUUUGCUUAGGUUUUCCUAUUUUCCAGAUUAAACCAACAGCCGGAUAUGGCUCUUAGCUGAGAUAGCGUACAUAAAAUGGUAUUCAAAAUUUAGAAUACGAAAAUAAACUGUCUGUACUCUACUUUUGUCAUAAUUGACAUUAACCCCAUGCCUCCCAAAAGUGAUUAACGUGUAACUUUUCCCUACAAUAUCCAUAAAUUAUCCAGCAAACAGGUGGCGAGGGUAUUCAAACUCAUCAGGCACAAGUUUCCAAGUUUUGUUAUUUCACACUGUUUACAGAAAAAAAUAACUUAACAUGAUUUACAAUGAUGUGG